AUGCCCACCGCCCAAGUCCGCGGCGAGCCGCUCCCCUCCCACCCGUCUAUCCGCGUCGCGCCCGCCCUCCGCGCCGAAGUGCCCGCCAUCGUCGGCCUGCUCGCAGACGACAAGCUCGGGUCCGGGCGCGAGGGCGCGCCCCUCGACACGUAUCUGGCGGCGUUUGAUGCGAUUGCCCAGGACGCGGCGCACCAGGAGUUGUUGGUGCUGCUCGACACUGCGGCGCCGUCGCCGUCUUCCGCUGAAGGAGAGGCCGGUGCCCCCGCCCACGCCGACAGCGACCCUGCGGCCCGCGUCGCAGGCUGCCUCCAGCUCACGUACAUCCCCGGCCUGUCCCGCGGCGGAGCGUGGCGCGCCCAGAUCGAAGCGGUGCGCGUCGCCCCGCACCUGCGCGGCGGGGGCGUCGGCGCCGCGUUCUUCGAGUACGCGCUGGAGCGUGCCCGUGCCCGCGGGGUCGCGCUGGUCCAGCUCACGACCGACCUGCAGCGCCCCGAGGCGAAGCGGUUCUACGAGCGCUUGGGGUCCUACCUCGGCAUGCUCAACGCGCGCGCGUUCGACGUAGCGACGUUCGGGCAAUACGUCUCCCCGAGCGUGGUGCACAAUGACCGCGCACUAGGGCACGCAGGCUACCAGGGGCUCAUAUCGCCCGGCGCGCACUUUACUAUCAAGAGCGCGGACGCGCACGUCGGGUCAGCGCCGUUCGUGUACGCCAACCUCCACAUCACCGUGCCCGCACCCGACGGCCACGAGGUCGCGGUGUACGACGAGUGGGUGCGGUACCUCUUUGAUAGCCACGCCCGCAUCGAGCGCGUCGUGAGUCGGGUCGUGCGAGUCGGGCCGGCGGCCGUAGAUGAUGAUGAUGCAUGA